AAGGUUGUCAUGGCGUCGCCAUAUCGUCGCCAUAACGUCGUUAUGGCGGCGUGGCGUUUUUUCGGACCUCGCCACGGCGACGCCACGACGCCGGAGUCUAUGGCGUCCGCCACAUAGGAAUGAAGGCGCUAUGGCGUCGAUAUGGCGUCGGUUGGCGUCACGUGGUAUAUGGCGGGCGCCAUAAGUUGGAAGCAGGGGAUUAGAAGAGUCCCGAAGACCCGAACAGAACAGACCUUCGGCGCCGUAAGUUCUCUGCUGCACAGCGCCGCAUCCUCUUCCGCUCAGGCGCCGGCGCAUCCUCCCCCGCCGGCGCAUCCUCCUCCGCCGGGAGCCGACGCAUCUUCCUCCACCGGGCCGCUGCGCAUCCACAUCCGUCGGGACUCGGGAGCCGCUGCCCGCUGCGCAUCCACAUCCGUCGGGACUCGGCCGCCCGUCCGCCUGGAGAACAGAGGCCGCUUCCAAGUUCCAACCGCACCCCUCUCUGCUCCGUGCUCCCCCCCCCCCCCGUCCCCCGGUAAGUCUAUGUCGCUCCGUCGCUCGCUCACCUCUGUGCUUGGCCGGUCGGCCGCAAGCAUCUGCUCUGUGCCUUGACUCAUUGAGACAUUGACUGCUUUGUGCUUUCACAAAUCACAGUAUCACACUUAACCGGAUGUACAAUACUAGCUAUACAAUACUACAAUCAAGACUACAAAUAGAUGUACAAUACUAGCUAAUAUACAAUACUAGUGUACUACAAUCUACACAAUACUACAAUCAAGACUAGUAGACUGCAAGUGCAUUGAAAUACCUAGGUAUAUUGCAGUAUUUAUAUUGCAGAGUCAAGAUUUAAGAGUCAUAAACUAUGUAUAUUGCAGUAUUUAUAUUAUUCAAAGUUAAAGUGCUAUUGGCAUAUUGCUCUAGUUGCUGAAAUUCUUAGUUGUUGUCACUUUGUUUUCAGAACAUGGCUACUCAAGGGACUAGAAGUGCGGAGGCCUCGGAUGCCGCAUCAAAUUAUGAUCCAAAGACUGAUCCAAAGCGCAAGCCAGGAAGGUCAAAUGAUCCUGGAUGGAAAUAUGCUUUUUGGCCGACUAUUGGUAAUAGAGAUCUCUUGCAGUGUUGCUUGUGUGAUAGAACUGUAACUGGAGGAAUUACAAGGCUCAAAGAGCAUCUUGUGGGUGGUUAUGGAGAUAUUUUGAAGUGUGCCAAAACCACACCAGCUAUUGCUCAGGAGAUGCAAGCUGCUUUGAAGGGCAAGAAGAGACCACUUCUGCUUGAUGAUGAUGGAGAGUUUCAAGGAGAAGAUGAUGAUGUGCUUGAUGUGACAGAGGAGUCCCAAGAUGCUUCUAGAAGCAUUGUGCAUCCUAGUUCAGGAACAGCUGCCAAAAGGAAACAAUCCAGCUUUUUGAAGUUCAGAGCACCAAAAGAGCCCAACACAAAGUCAGUCGGUUCAAUGAUUAGGAGAACUCCAAAAGAGGUUGUCGAAGAAAGACAUUCGAAGGGUCCUUCUCAGAUCAGUAUCCAAGCUAGCAUGAGGACAAAAGAAGAAAGAGAUGCUGUCAACUUGGAGUGGGCCAGGUUCUUUUAUGAGUGUGGCAUACCAUUCAAUGCCGCAAAUUCUAGACAAUUUGAAAUUGCUAUAGAGGCCACUGCACAAUAUGGUUCUGGGUACAAGCCUCCUACCUACCAUGAGCUUAGGGAGCCAUUACUCGAGAAGGUCGUUAAGGAAACAGAUGAUUUGAGGAAGAGGCAUGAGGAUGCAUGGAAGCAAUAUGGUUGCACAUUAAUGUCAGAUGGAUGGACGGAUAGGAGAGGGCACCAUUUGAUCAACUUCCUAGUCAAUAGUCCGGAGGGGACUUUCUUCUUAGAGUCAAUUGAUGCAUCAAGUGAAGUUCAUGAUCAAGUGAUGCUGGCUGAUUUGUUAGAGAAGAGAAUAAGCGACAUUGGUGUUGAUAAAGUUGUGCAAGUUGUCACUGACAAUGGGGCUAACUAUAAGGCAGCGGGCAAGCUUCUCAUGGAAAGGUUUCCUACACUUUAUUGGACACCUUGUGCUGCACAUUGCUUGCUUCUUAUGUUGGAAGAUGUUGGAAAGUUGAAGGCAUUCAAGAAGCCUAUCUCACGUGCCCGUCAUGUCACUACUUUCAUCUAUAGGCAUGGAAGACUUCUUAGUGCAAUGAGGGAGAAGACAGGUGGUAGGGAUCUUGUGAGACCAGCAGCAACUCGGUUUGCUACCACAUUUCUCACCUUACAAAGUUUGCACAAGCAUAGAGAUGCACUGAGAUAUCUGUUUACCUCUGAUGAUUGGACGAGUUGCAAACUAGCAAAGACAGAGGCCGGGAAAAAAGUGUAUGAUAUUGUGCUUUCUAGAGAAUUUUGGAACUCUGUUGAGGAUUGCCUUAGAGCUUCUUUACCACUUAUCAUUGUGUUGAGGGUGGUUGAUGGUGAUGAGAGGCCUGCCAUGCCAGAAGUUGCUUCUCUCAUGAAUCAUGCAAAAGAGAGGAUAAAGGCUGCCUUCUGUACUGAAAACAAGAGAAGUUUGCUCAAUAAUAUCUUAGAAAUUAUUGAGGGUCGUUGGGAUAGGCAAAUGGACACCCCACUCUAUGGUGCUGCUCUCUUUUUGAACCCAGGAAAAUUCUAUGUCAUUCAAAAAGAGAAUGAUGAAUAUGUUGGGCACCUAAGAGGUUGUUUCAAUGAUGUGCUUGCACGAAUGGUGGAAGAUGAGACCCUUCGAAACAAAAUUGAAGAACAAUCCAUGCUCUACGAAGAUCAACGUGGAGGCAUCUUCAAGAAUUGUAUGGCCCUCCAAACUAUGAAGUCAAAGAACCCUCUUGAUUGGUGGCGUGCGUAUGGUGGACGAUCUAUUGACUUACAAAGAUUUGCUAAGCGUAUUGUUAGUCUUUGUGCUUCAUCAUCUGGUUGUGAGCGUAAUUGGAGCACUUUUGAAUUUAUUCAUACAAAGAAGAGAAACCGGCUAGAGCAUAAAAGAUUGAAUGAUUUGGUUUAUGUUGCCUACAAUCGGAAAAUGACUAGUAGGUUCCAAAAACGCCGUGAGGAAGCGGAUAAAAGCUAUGAUCCUUUGGUUAUGGAAGACUUUGAUUGGGAAAAUGAAUGGGUUGAUCCAACGGUCCAACCUCAAAGUUCUAGUGCUUUGGACAUCACAUGGGACCAAGUUGAUGAAGCAAUUGGUGCAUCACAUGAGCUUCGAGGUCGUAACCUUCCUAGGACCUAUGCUCGUCGUGCAAGACAUAUAUCAAGAGUGGUUGAAGAAGCAAGAGUGGUUGAAGAUGAUGAGGAGGAGGGGGAGGAAGAAGACAUCAUUGUGGAUGAUGUUGAUGUUGAUGAUUUUGGUGACAAACCAAUGGAUGCUACUGAAGAUGAUGCGGAGAACAUGGAUGCUUCAAACGAUUUUGAUGAGUUUGCAUUGGAUGACUUUUGAGAGAUGAGAGAUUUGAAACUUUGAAUGAUGAUUGAUGAGAGAGUGCUAUGUCUUUUGUGCUACAUUUACAUUGCUAUUUAUCUUUUAUGCUA